GUACAAUGCGCAUGCGUAAAAGAUUACAAACACUGACCGGAAUGUUUUGCUUCGGGAGGUCUUAUGGUAAUUUUGCAUAAUAAAUUUGCAAGAAAAAUCCCAGGUCGGUUAAAGUGGACGGGUUAUAAGGAGCUGUGUGUGAACUCAGAGACUGACUAAACUGACUAUUGCGCAGGACUGAGAAGGGCCUGAAACAUUGCAGGGCAGACUUGACACCAAUGAAGGGGCAACAGAAAAGCCCUGAUCCGCAGGUGGAGGUGCCGAUCAUGGAGGAAGGAGCUAUUGCUACAGCCGUUGAUCCAUCUGCUAUUACCACAAUACAGUCAGCUGGCACGUUUUCCUCUGAACAGCCAAUAAAGUACGUUUUCAAAACGGAAGGAAAUUCCGGGCAGGUGACAUAUCGAGUGAUCCAUGUUGCUGACGGGCAGAUGGAGGCUCAGGCAGAUGGAACUGCAGCUGUUAGCGUUGUGACUGGCUUUCCUGCAGUGACACAGGCCGGGACACCCCCUGUGACACGGGCUGUGUACUCCCAGGCUGAGGGUCUGGUGACGGACGCCACUGAAGGUCACUACUACUAUCCAUCCACUAUCGGUGACACUGCCCCGGCCACCAUAGUAACCAAUGUCCAUGCGGCUGAUUCACUGCUCACGCAGCCUGCUUCUGCAGGCCAACUCUAUGUGAUGAUGUCACCACAGGAAGUGUUAGGCUCAGCCAAUCAGAGUAAGGCCGAGACGCCUUGCACUUCAAGAGAUGACAAGAGGAGAGCACAGCACAAUGAAGUCGAACGUAGACGCAGGGACAAAAUAAACAACUGGAUCGUCCAGCUGUCCAAAACAAUCCCUGACUGCGCUGUGGACUCGGCCAAAACUAGCCAGAGUAAAGGUGGCAUCCUGUCAAAAGCCUGCGAUUACAUUCAGGAGUUGCGCCAAAGCAAUGCUAGAUUAUCAGAGGAGCUGGAAACACUGGAGAGACUGAGGCUGGACAACCAGCUCCUCAGACAAGAGGUGGAAGACUGGAAAUCUAAGAAUCAGAUGCUUAGAAGCCAGCUAAGGCAUCAUGGUAUAGUCGCUGCAUCGAGCAUGGAUCCUCAGUGAAGCCUUGCACUUCCUCGAAUCUGUGCCCCCCCCACCACCACCACAGGCUUAUAAUGAAUCAAGCUUAAGCAGACCUGCACUCAGCAUUCUUUAAAGGGCACUCUUUUAAAGUUUGUCUGGCAGAAAUGUUUUUGGACUUGAUUUGGAGUCUAAUUUGCCUUAUGGCUGAUAACAUUGGGUAAGGCUAUGAAUUAUAGAGAAGAUAAUUGAUCUUAGAUAAGCUCGUAAAAGCUGUGUGUCGACUGUGAACUCCUCAUGGUAAACGAUUGAUGGACGGAUUACGCGCGGGUGGAGAUCUGAACUGCACUAAAAUACGUCAUAGUUUUUCUUGCAUAAGAUCAAUAGUGUGUAAAGAAUUUAUUUUUACGUCUUACUGGAUAAUAGAUUAGUUUGGAAAUAGGAAGUGAAGCUCAUUUUACGAUUCUGAAUCGAAAGCAAAAGCAUUUACACCACUGAAGUAGUCUGACUUGGAGAGACGUUUAUCAGCUUUUGAAAAUUUUCUACAAAUACUGGGUAACAGGGUCAAAAUUCCUCAUUCUGAGAUAAUGUUUUGAAAUACUGAAUUGUGCACAGUAGAAAUCCUACAGUCAGGAAAAUAUCUUCUGAAAUGUUUUUGAUAGUUCUUUCAGCUGUACAGAUAUACUGUUGAGUCAUAUGGGAUGGUUUGCCAUCACUAUAAUUCAAUUUCUCUUUGUAUAUUUUGGUAAUAUACUGUAUAUCACCGUAUAUUUAGUUAACUUUGGAUUGUGACAAGAAAGAAUCCAGGGAUUUGUGUAUUUCAAACUCAAAUCAUUUUCAAUAACAUACCGAUGUUAUUUGUACCAAAUUUCUUACAAAACAAAAUCAAAAGAUAUGACAUGCCUAACAGUUUUUUUUAUUAAAAUACUAUUUAAUCUGAA